AUGGCUGACGUGCCUGGCAAUCGGUCCAGGGUUGUGCCCAUCAUGGCCGGCCGUAAGCCCAACGGCGAUGCCCCCCAGCCCAGAGUAACGCGAGCAUCGAACAAAAAGGCCGCCGACGCCGACGCCCUGCGGCUUCCGUGUCUGGAGCAGCUGGGCUUGUAUGCGUUUCCGACCAAGGGUGAUGGCAACUGUCUCUACUAUGCCCUGUCGGACCAAUUGUACGGCGUAUGGGACCGCUCAUCGGAGAUCCGCAAUCACCUAGCCGAGCACAUGAAAAAGCAUCGCGACUACUUUGUCAAUUUCACGGCUGCGGUCGGCGGGCGGCGGCGAGCCCCCAGACGAGCUGCUUCCGCCGCCGCCCGGGCAUCCACUCCCGUGGGCCCCUCGGCGUCGCCCCAGGAGCAGGAAGAGGCGUUCGAUGCCAUGGUGGCCCGGUCCGGGACGGACGGCGUCUGGGGCGGAUCGGAGGAGAUCCAGGCCUUCUGCCAGUUCUACAAGCGGGACGUCAAGGUGUAUACGGAUUCGGGCAUCCAGACCUUCCGGGAUGUCAAUGCUCCUCCGGACGAGGAAAGAGAGCAGGUCCAUAUUGCAUUUCACAAUUUUAACCAUUACUCGUCCGUUCGCAACAUCAAUGGCCCGCACACCGGCCUCCCAUGUGUCAAGCCAACGGGGGAAUUCAAACCGGAUGCCGGGAAGGCGUCCAGCGAGUCCGGGCUGGUCAUCGAUGUGGUCAGUCCGUGGAAGAUUUCAUGCAUCCAGGAAGGUCUGGGCGGCCGAUACGACCACAACACCAUUGUGGAGAUGCUGCGCCGAUGCCGCGGCGAUAUCGACCGCGCCUUUUCGAACUUGCUAGACGAGGAGACGUCCGGGUCAUCGUCGCAGUCGUCGGCGGCGUCCGCUACCGCGAGUACUGUGUCGAAGAGCACUGCCAGUGUGCCGAGCCUCAAGCCUCGCUUACCGUCUUCCCGCUCUUCCUCCCGACACAGUACCGCGAGUAAGCGGUCGGCCGACGACGACAGCGACGAUGACGGAGGUCAGCCUGGCCGACGCACCCGAGGUCGGGAGCAGAAGAGACGGAUCCUGCCUAAUGUCACCGUGGGCAUCGCCUUCCGCGAUGAGGAGAAGAAUGACCUGGUGUCGUUGCGGCUGAGGGUCAAUCCGGAUGCCAUGGCGGAGCAGGCGAAGGACGUUCCUGAGGGGGCUGAUGGGUCGGAUCCGCCUGCUGGAAAGAAGCUGCGGGCACGCAAGCCGAAGCAGCCGAAGCAGUCGAAGCAGCCGGCCAAGCGUCGGGUUAAGGAGUCUGGCGGCACGUCGACCGUCAAGCGGGAAGAGUGA